AUGGCGGCGGGCAGGGGUCUCCCUCGAGGCGAGGCCGCCGCACGCCGGAGCGGCAGCCGCAGCCCUGCGGAUCCGUGCCGGCCCCGCUCGGUCCGUGCCGGCCCCGCUCGGUCCGUGCCCCCGCUGCCGGGGCCGCUGCCGUCUGGCAGGUUCCUCUGGGAGAUUGGGGCUGACUGGAGCUGCUGCAGCCGUCGGGAUGUGCAGGGCUUUGCACAGAGGAUGUUCAGCAUCCCUAACCGGAUUUGGGGAUUUGCACGGGGUGGGAAUGGAGGCAGAAAUCAGCUCCUGGGAUUGGAGCUCCAUCCAGGAGUGAUGGCUCCUCCUGCUCUCAGUCCCUCCCCACUCAAGGUUUAUUUAAAUCCAUGCCUUCCCAGCAAUCCUGUCCUGCCAAUUCGGUUUGGGUUGGGAAAAGGUCAGGAGCAGCCCUGGAGCUGGCACUUGCACAGUGCUGAAUCACUGUGUUCAGGUUUCAGAACGCAGAUUGUCACUGCUGCUUUUUAUGAGAACAAGGACCUAAUUAUGAUUUCACAAUUUGUGUACUGUAAGCUCAAGAAUCAGAAGGUAAUCAAAGGCAGUCCCAGCCUGAGGAAUUUGGGCACAGCCUGGAUUGUGGGGUGUGGAGCUCUGAGUGGCACUGCCCUCUGUCAGCUGCUCCUCAGGAACCAGCAGCACAGGCCAGCAAUCCCAAGGAAUAAUGUCAAUUCUUACCUCUCUCCUGACCUGACUGAAAUGCCAGGCUUCAUUUGUGGUGUGUCCUGUGUUGUCCUGGGCAGCAGAUUCCCUCAGCUCUGUAAAAACAUGAGUGGCUUUUUGAGAAGAUGCACUGAAGGCACCUUCUACCUGCUCUUUGCCCUGGCCAUGAUGGGAAACUGCACCUAUGGACUGAGCCUUGUUCCAAAGAUGCCAAACCCCAAAUCCUCCUGGGCCCUCUGCUUUGUUCACCACCUUCCCUGGCUCACUGGGAGCUCUGGAGCUUUGCUCUUUGACAUUUUGGUAUCAUUUUCCUGUUACAGCCAAACAGUCAGGGUAGGCUCAUUAAUAAAUAGAUCAGAAAUGAAGUGGAUUCUUUUUAAAGUCACAUUUUUUCUAAUUUGAUAAUAAAACCUUCUUGCUGAACAAUAAUUCGUA